GAGGGUCCUUGCAGCCUCUUGCAUGGCGUGUCACAAUACCUUGACAAGAGACGAACCGCCGCCUUGGGAUCUGUCGUUCCAGAGUGCUCCAUUGGCGGUGUUGCCAUCCCUAUUGCGCUCUCGAAGAUGCUUAAUGGCUCGUCUUUAGGUACGAAUCAUUGGGUUCUUCAUACACCGUUGGCAUUUUCGUGCGUGGCCGUCAACUCUCGCCUUCCCCCGCGGCCAUUGAGAUUCUUCAUAGGAUCUCUGCCUUCAAAGCUACAACGUUCGACCUUUCAUCGUUGCGCUGUUCUUCACGCGGUCACACAAGGCAAGGAAGCAACGCUAACGUCGUACCUACUGGUCAUCCUCAACGGCAUCCACUUUCGGCCAGAUUGUCCCUGGGAUUCUCGCCGACAAUGCUUUGUGCUUAUCUUCAACUGGUUUACCUCGGGCACUAUCAUCUCAGGCGCAUCCACUGCCUUUUCGCUGGCCCUGUGCGCCAAAGAUCACUGGGAAUUUGGGACUUAUAUGGGCAUCGGCUUGAGGAUUGCCUCCCUGGCAGCGCUCAUUGGACCUCCUGUCAGUGGGGUGCUUUUUGACAAUUAUGGGCUCUUGCAAUAUUUAGCGGCAUCAUGGUUUUCGUUAGUGGGUGCAUUGUCUUUUCAAGCAAGGAGACUACUCCUCAGGGUCUGA